CAAAGGCAGGGAAGAUGCUCCACUGGGAUGCCAUGUCUCUAUGCUCCACAGUGAAAAGUUGUCACAUUGUACAAACACUAAAAUUACAAAUUGCUCACAGGCACUAAAAACUUCCUUAAUCCUGUGCAGGAUCUCCUCAGGUACAGAGUCCUCCUGAUACGUCUUAUCUGGUCAGGGAAAGAGCUGAUCAGUCAUUAACAGAGCUGAUUUGUCCCUCUCAGGUCACAUGACAAGGCACUGCAUGAGAAAACCAGCAGCUGACAUGUCUAUAGAGAUCAUUCUGUGCCACAAACAGUUCCAUGUUUGGUUUUUGGUAUUUGCUUCCUAUCCACAUACAAUGAAUAAAGACAACACACUCCACGUUGACACAAUCAUGAAAAUCACUAUGUUCUCUGAAGUGAGUGUUGGCAUCUCAGCUAACAGUAUCCUGUUUUUUGCUCACCUGUGCAUGCUCCUUGGAGAGAACAAGCCUAAGCCCAUUCAUCUCUACAUUGCAUCCUUGUCCCUAACACAACUAAUGCUGCUUAUAACUAUGGGACUCAUAGCUGCGGACAUGUUUAUUUCUCAGGGGAUAUGGGAUUCUAACUCAUGCCAGUCCCUUAUCUAUUUGCACAGGCUUUCGAGGGGUUUUACCCUUAGUGCUGCCUGUCUGCUGAAUGUCUUUUGGAUGAUCACUCUCAGUUCUAAAAAGUCCCGUUUAACAAAGUUUAAACAUAACUCUCCCCAUCACAUCUCAGGUGCCUUUCUUUUCCUCUGUGUUCUCUACAUGUGUUUUAGCAGUCACCUUAUUUUAUCGAUUAUUGCUACCCCUAACUUGACCUCAGAUAAUUUUAUGUAUGUUACUAAGUCCUGUUCAUUUCUACCCAUGUGUUACUCCAGAACAAGCAUGUUUUCCACAACAAUUGCUGUCAGGGAAGCUUUUUUUAUCGGUCUCAUGGCCCUGUCCAGUGGGUACCUGGUGGCUUUCCUCUGGAGACACAGGAAGCAGGCCCAGCAUCUUCACAGCACUGGCCUUUCUUCAAAGGCAUCUCCAGAGCAAAGGGCCACCGAGACCAUCCUGCUGCUCAUGAGUUUCUUUGUGGUUCUCUACAUUUUGGAAAAUGUUGUCUUCUACUCAAGGAUGAAGUUCAAGGAUGGGUCAACGUUCUACUGUGUCCAAAUUAUUGUGUCCCAUAGCUAUGCCACUGUCAGCUCUUUUGUGUUUAUUUUCACUGAAAAGCGUAUGACUAAGAUUUUGAGGUCAGUGUGUACCAGAAUAAUAAAUAUUUGAUUAUUCAGUGAUGGGUAUUGCCCCUUAGUAUAAUCCAUUACGUUGUCAUCAGAGGUUUGGAUCAUGACAUAUUUGGAACAUUCUCUGUCUUAAAUUGAUAUAUGAAAUUUUCUUUUUUCCUGUUAAAUCUGUUUCCUUUGUAUGUGGAUGACCAAUAUAUGAAAGAAAAUUAAACACCAUGUCCUCUUACAUAUC